UGAGCCACCGUGGCCCCUUCAGUGUUAUUACUCGCUAUACUCUUCCCUCCAGAACUGUCUUGAGCAUCUGUCUGCGCGCUCAUCAUGUCAGCAGCUUCUUCUUUCCUCCUCCUCAUCUAUUAAAGCAGACUCGCUCAGUUUCUCGUAGCAAAUUCCGUUUUUCCCGUUUAUUCGCAAGUGUCUGUGAUCAUUCCAGUGUGCGCAUUCACUUCAUUCGCGUCUUUUGGAUGGAAACGCAGUGUGCGCGCGCGGCUCGUGCACAUGUGAGGUAGUAUCAGAUCUCCUUCAGCCUGUCAGACACGCGCGCGCUGUAGGACUGCAUGGUUUUUAUAUUUUGUGUGUGUGAGUGUGAGAUGAAGAUGAGGAGGAGGAUGCGCGCGCGGCCCGCCCACGCAGGACCAUUCCUGACUCUCGCGCUGCGCGUCUAACCGUCGCGCUGAAUACAUCACAUCUAUAAUUCUCGGUGAUGAUGAUGGUUAUGAUGAUGAUGAAGACGACGGUGCAGGAGUAACGGGAUGAAGAUCGCGGGUGGCCGCUCGCACAUCAACCCGCCGCGCGCGCUUCUGUCGCGUUCACCGCGGAGCGAACGAUGAGCGCCGGCGGGAAUCUCUGCGUUACCCUGGAAACGGCGGCGGAGACUCGAGUGAGCGCGGGCCGAGCAGAGAGCACCGACGGGCGGACUGCAGACGGAGGAACGCGGAGCUCCAGCGGAGACCGAAUCAAUGAGCGAUAAUCACGCGUGAAAUACUGAAGAUGAAGAUGAUGAUGAUGAAGCGCCUCUGCAAACUAAAGUUGAGCGCGUAACGACGGACUGAUCUGAGGACAGAUGAAGGAGCGACAGCGGGACUCUCUGAGUGCAGGACACUGAUCAGGAGACCGAACACACACACUCACACACACACACACGCACAGAGCCGCGCUGGGGCCUGACGCCUCGGUCUCUGCUUCGAGCACGCUCGUGCUCGCAGGAAGAGCUUUGCCACGUCGCGGCAGAGAAGCAUGGAAACUCCGCCCACUGCCCCUACACAGCCAUUUCGACAGCCUAGUUUUCUCAGCCGCCGCUUGAAAGGAUCAAUUAAACGAGCAAAGAGUCAACCCAAACUCGACCGCACGGGAAGCUUCCGCCACAUGAUUCUCCCACGAUUCCGCAGUGCUGACCAGGAGAGGACGCGUCUGAUGCAGAGCUUUAAGGAGUCUCACUCUCAUGAGUCUCUGCUGUCUCCGAGCAGCGCGGCCGAGGCUCUGGACCUCACGCUGGACGAGGACGCCAUCAUCAAACCCGUCCACUCCAGCAUCCUCGGCCAGGAGUACUGCUUCGAGGUGACCACGGCGUCAGGAACCAAGUGUUUCGCCUGCCGCUCCGCUGCUGAGAGAGACAAAUGGAUCGAGAAUCUGCAGCGAGCCGUCAAACCAAACAAGGACAACAGUCGUCGUGUGGAUAACGUGCUGAAGUUAUGGAUCAUCGAGGCUCGAGAUCUGCCACCGAAGAAGCGCUACUACUGCGAGCUGUGUCUGGACGACAUGCUGUACGCUCGAACCACCAGCAAACCGCGCACCGACACCGUCUUCUGGGGCGAACACUUCGAGUUCAACAACCUGCCGGCCAUCCGCAGCCUCCGACUGCACCUCUACAAGGAGAACGACAAGAAGAGGAGGAAGGAGAAGAGCACGUAUCUGGGUCUGGUCAGCAUCCCGAUCCCGAGCGUGACGGGUCGUCAGUUUGUGGAGCAGUGGUACCCGCUCAUCCAGCCCAGUGUUCUGGCUAAAGGCGGCGGCGGCGGGGGGAAGAUCAUCAACGCCUCGCUGCGCCUCAAGUCCCGCUUCCAGAGCAUGAACAUCCUGCCCAUGGAGCUCUACAAGGAGUUCGCCGAGUACGUCACCAACAACUACCGCACGCUCUGCGGAGUGCUGGAGCCGCUGCUCAGCGCCAAGAGCAAAGAGGAGGUGGCCUGCGCGCUAGUGCACAUCCUGCAGAGCACUGGGAAGGCCAAGGACUUCCUGUCUGACAUGGCCAUGUGUGAGGUGGAUCGUUUCAUGGACCGUGAGCAUCUGAUCUUCAGAGAAAACACUCUCGCCACUAAAGCCAUCGAGGAGUUCCUGAAGCUCAUCGCACACCGCUACCUGAAGGACACCAUCGGUGAGGGAGAGUUCAUCCGUGCGCUGUACGAGUCUGAGGAGAACUGUGAGGUGGACCCGAUGCGAACGCCUCCGUCAGUGCUGGCCGAUCAUCAGGCUAACCUGCGCAUGUGCUGUGAGCUAGCGCUCUGCAAGAUCAUCAACUCUCACUGCGUGUUUCCCCGUGAGCUGAAGGAGGUGUUUGCGUCGUGGCGUGUGCGCUGUGCUGAGCGCGGCCGAGAGGACAUCGCCGACCGCCUCAUCAGCUCCUCGCUCUUCCUGCGCUUCCUGUGUCCGGCGAUCAUGUCCCCGUCCCUCUUCAACCUGACGCAGGAGUAUCCCUCCGAGCGCACCUCUCGAACCCUCACGCUCAUCGCCAAGGUGGUGCAGAGCCUGGCCAGCUUUUCAAAGUUCAGUGGGAAGGAGGACUAUCUGGGCUUCAUGAAUGAGUUUCUGGAGAUGGAGUGGGGCUCCAUGCAGCAGUUCCUCUACGAGAUCUCCAAUCUGGAGUGUGUGAGUAACGCCGGGGCGUUCGAGGGCUACAUCGACCUGGGCCGCGAGCUCUCCAUCCUGCACAGUCUGCUGUGGGAGGUCAUGGCCCAGCUCAGCAAGGAUGCGAUCCUGAAGCUGGGUCCUCUGCCGCGGCUGCUGAAUGACAUCAGUGUGGCCCUGCGUAACCCUCAGCUGCACAGACAGGCCAGCCACCAGCCACCCGAGCGACACCUGAGCCGGCCUGCGUUCAGCAGACUCGCCACCAAUGACUUCCAGAGCCUCAUGAUGAGAGACCUCAACAGCUCCAUAGACAUCUCUCGACUGCCGUCUCCUACAGCCGGUCUGUCCGGCAGCGGUGUUCUCUCUCACCCGGGCAUGGCUGCGUUCUCAGAGCGAGAUCCCCGCGGCAACAAAGACGUCUUCUAUGUGACCCGCCCACCUCUCGCACGCUCAAGCCCCGCCUACUGCACCAGCAGCUCUGACAUCACUGAGCCAGACCCCAAGGUACUCAGCGUCAAUAAGAGUGUGUCUAUGAUGGACCUGCAGGACUCGCGCAUCAACAGCGUGUCUAACCUGCACUCAGUGAAUGAUCUGCUGAACUCGUCUCAGGGUUCUCUGGCUGGGUUCGGUCCGCUCGGCGGUGCCCCCCUCAGGGCUGGAGGACGCGUGUCUGCGGGCUCGGGCGGCUCCAGCAUGUCUGGCGGUCUGCGUUUGACCACAGACUCUCUGUCGCAGCAGCAACAGCAGGCCGCCGCCGCCAUGCACGUGCCGCUGUCCUUCCAGAACCCUCUGUUCCACCUAGCAUCAGAUGGGCCGCAGUAUCACACACCUCCACACGGGCCCACUGCUGUACCGCCACCGCUGCUGCUGGCGCCCGAGCCAGAGAACGGGCAUGUGGGUUUCGGCGUUCCCACAUUCGCCCACAGUGGGUUCUCCCGCAGUGAAGAUCUGUCAGCGCUGCGGACGCAGAACAGUCUGGUGCAGCCCAACAUCGUGCACUCGCACAGCUACAGCGACGACUUCACACGACACAACCAGGCCGACUACGCCCGCAGACAGCUGUCUCUGCAGGUGCAGGAGAAUCUCCAGCAGCAGGUGCUGAUGGGAAUGACCCCGCAGACGGCCACAGGCACCGGCACUCCUGCUUCUCUGGCCACACCUCCCACCACCAUUCAUCCUGUCCGUCAGGCCUCCAUGGCUCCGCCCCCUCCUCAACGCGCGAAGCCUCAGCCCGCCCACCAGCUGUCCGUCAGCUCGGCUGUAAACUCCACCCCCCCUAAGACCCGCCCACAGAGCGGCAACCUCCUCCAAUCGCCUGAGUCUAGUUUUGGAGGGAGGCAGUUGACAAGGCAGCAGCUGUCAGUCAAGGACAGCCCCGCCCCCGGGUUGCCGCAUCAGUCCAGCAAUGCGUCGGAGAAUCCCGCUCCUCAGAGCGCAGCCAAUGAGAGCACAGAGAAUACGCCGACCAACCAAUCAGCAAAAAACACACAGCAGAGCAACCAACAACACCUGCUCAAGCCAUCCGGGAACAAACAGGGCUCUAAGUCUCCCUCCACCCUGAACCCCACCUCUGCAGCCUCCGAGCGCACCGUGGCCUGGGUCUCCAACAUGCCACAUCUGUCUGCAGACAUCGAGAGUCUGCGCGUGGACAGAGAGGAGUUCAAACUCAAGGAGCACUCCAAGAGCAUGGAUGAGUCCCGCCUGGACCGGGUGCGUGAGUACGAGGAGGAGAUCAACUCCCUGAAGGAGCGUCUGAUGAUGUCCCACCGUAAGCUGGAGGAGUACGAGCGACGGCUACACUCGCAGGAGCAGCAGACCAGCAAGAUUCUGCUGCAGUACCAGAGCCGGCUGGACGACAGCGAGAGGCGCCUGCGGCAGCAGCAGGUGGAGAAGGACUCGCAGAUCAAGGGCAUCAUCAACAGGUUGAUGGCGGUAGAGGAUGAGCUGAGGGGAAGUGGAAUGCCUGACCUCAAAACCAGAAUAUUCACAGAACAGCCGAUUUAUGGUGCCCACUCUGGAACAUGAUUGGCCCCUGCAGGACUAGAGGACAUGUGGCUGAACCUCCACCCAGGAAUGUCUGAUGAUUGGCUGAGAGAGAAGAGAGAGGCGGAGCCAGAGCUGGACGACCAACUUUAACUCUACACACUCUCUCUUUCUUUCUCUUUCUCUCACACACACACAUUAUGAGAGUAUAUAUAUGUUUAUGUAACUGAUAUAUAAAUAUAUAUUCCUCAGAUGUGUCUCUCUCUCUCUCUUUCUCUCUUUCUUCUCAAUUUUUGAGCCAAAUGGACGACAAUCAGCAUCUUUGAGGCCGAAACAAUCACACUGAUAGCACAAAGAAAACCCCGGAGGACAGACUGACGGAGAGGGAGAGAGAGAGGUGUGUGUGUGUGUGUGUGUGUGUGUGUGUUUCUUUAUGAUGCUCUCCUUCUCUUCCCAUUAUCCUCUCUCUCUCUCUCUCUCUCUCUCUCUCUCUCUCUACUGCAGGAGUGUGUUUGUGUACGUGUGUGUGUGUGUGAGUGUGUUUUUGAGCAGUUGCAGCCUCAACUUCCUAAUAAUGACUCAAUAACGAAUCUCGUGUUUUUCAAAUCAUGUUUUGAGGAGCUUUGAUUCUCUCUGAGCCAAUCAGACGCUCAGAAUCCCGCAGGGGGCGGGGCCUCCUCCUGCUCUCCGUGCCUACAGAGCUGAUUGAGAACAGGACACUCGAACUUCUGGAGGGUGUGUGUGUGUGUGUGUGUGUGUGUGUGUGUGUGUGUUUGGAGGACUCCAGCUCUUCAUCUCAUGAUAAUCAGUGGUCUGCUGAAGCUCUUCUCAGAUUAUAGUGAGCCGCUAAACCCAUCGUCACACACUCGCUCUGUUUCCAUCCACAUAUUAUUAUGCACAUUCUGGAUUAUUGCAUAAAAUCAAUGCUUACAGGAAACAUCAGGAUGUGCAAACAUGAUGAAAAUACACCUAAAAACCUGAUGCACAGGACAAACGCAUUAUUCCAUGAGAGAAAACACAUUUAUUGAGUAAAGCCUGCGCUUCAUCAGUCUG